AUGCCGCCGCGCCAGCUGCCCCUGGGGGUCCUGGCAAAGCAGAGGGCGCCGCGUCAGGGCCCGCAGCUGAAGGAAUAUCAACAGAAGAAUAGCCCUGGAGCAGCUGCAGGAACCAAGAAAAAACGCAAAACUAAAGAAGACAGUAGACCUGAGACACCCCCCAGCAAUGACCUGCAGCCUCCAGAGAACAUUCAGAACAUUCUGAAGGUGCUGGUGUCAGACCUUAACCGCUCCAAUGGGGUAGCCAUACCCUCAUUGGACAAGAGGAAGGCAUACUUUGACAGUGAUGUUGCCACUCGUAGUGCUGAACAGCUUGCUCCUGAUGUCCCUGUGCUAUCUAACAGCAACAGCCUCCCUGCUUGUGGUUCUGUUCUGCCUGCUCCUGAGAGCAUGCAGCUGACACAGAUUCAUGAAACUGAGGAUCAUAAAAAUGCUGUGGAUGAGAACAGGUCUUUCUCAUCAACAGAAGGUCUCCGCCAGUUGUCUGAACAACUCAAUGGCCUGGUUUCUCAGUCCACGUCGUAUGUGAAUGGGGAAAGUGCUGUUGCUUCCACAAAUAUUAAGGAAAUGGAAACACGUUACCAGGAGCUGGCAGUAGCCCUGGAUUCCAGCAAUCUAACUAACAAACAGCUCGUUACAAAGAUAGAGGAAUUGAAACAGCAACAACAAGAAGCAGUGAAUCAGCUGGAGAAGGAAAAGAAGGAGUUUGAACAGAAAUUUUCUAAAGAGCAGGCAGCACUGAGGGAACAGCUACAGGUUCAUAUCCAGACCAUUGGAAUUCUGGUUUCUGAGAAGUCUGAGUUGCAGACAGUCCUUGGACACACUCAGCAAGCAGCUCGGCAGAAAUCAGGAGAAGCUGAAAGCCUUGCUGCUCGUUUACAUUCAUCUCGCCAGAGGGUGUCUGAGCUGGAACGCACUUUGUCCUCCAUCUCUAUGCAGCAGAAGCAGUCAGAGAAGCAUAAUAAAGAGUUAGUGAAGGAGCGAGACGACCUGAAACUGGAACUGUACAAACAAAGCAAAAGUAGUGAGGAAAUAAAGCAGCAGAAUUCAGAGCUGUCAGAGAAAGUUCACUCCCUGGUUUCCAAGAAUUCAGCUAUGAAGUUGGAUAUGGAGGAUUUGCAUAAGAAACUGGAAAUGGCCGAACUGAUGAUUCAACAGUUCUCAAAUCAGACAGGGAGUCUGGAUGCAAACCAGCAGUUGCAGAUGGCACUGGAGGAAAAGGCCAGCCUGGAAACCCAGAUUGCUCAGCUCUCUGAGUCACUUCACCAGCUCCAGGCAGAAAGAGAUCAGUAUGUGGAGAAGCUGAAGGAGGAGAGGAGCGUUUGGCAGCAGCGGGUGGAGCAGCUCUCUGAGCAGGUCCACACCAUGGCAGAGGAGAAGGAGAAGCACGUGGCCCACGUUCAGGAGCUGGAAGCCAAAAUUACAGAGCUGUUGAGCAAAUCAGCAGUUCAGCCGAUGGAUACUGAGCCUUCCUCACCAGCAGGGCCCUCAGCAGCCGAGCUGAGCCUGCAGGAGGAGAUCCAGAGGCUGCAGCAAGAGAAGGAAGAACUGCAUGGGCAGUACCAGGCCCAGGUCCGGGACAACCAGCAGCUGAGCCACCUCAACCAGGAGCAGGAGGAGCGGCUGCUGGAGCUGGAGAAGACGGUGCAGCGCUACAGCGAGGAGGCUGUGGACAGGCAGCAGAUCCUGGAGGACAUGCAGAGUGACAAGGCCACCAUCAGCAGGGCACUGAGCCAGAAUCGGGAGCUGAAGGAGCAGCUGGCUGAGCUGCAGAAUGGGUUUGUCAAGCUGACAAAUGAAAACAUGGAGGUUACAAGUGCCCUGCAGUCAGAGCAACAUGUAAAGAAAGAGCUGGCCAAGAAGCUUGGGCAGCUGCAGGAGAAGCUGGGGGAACUCACGGAGACGCUGGAACUGAAAACACAGGAGGCUCGGGGGCUGCAGGAGCAGAGGGACCAGUACUACAGCCACCUGCAGCAGUACAUGCUGGCCUACCAGCAGCUGGCAGCCGAGAGGGAGGAGCUGCACAAGCAAUACCUGCUCCAGACACAGCUGAUGGAUCGGCUGCAGCACGAGGAGGUGCAGGGGAAGGUGACAGUGGAAAUGCACCUGAAAGAGCUGCAGCAGACCAAGGAAAACCUGGAAGCUGUAGCUAAGGAGAACCAAGAGCUGCAGGCCCAGAUCAGUCAGUUGGCAGCAGACCUGGAUGGUAGGAUUUUGCACCGACUAGAGGGAGAUGGAGUUGAAAGUGAAGCAAUGACUGAAGAAAUCCAAACACCUUCAUUUGUGAUUCCAGAGAAGUUCGAAAGCCAUGAAGAAAUGGUCGCUUUCUUGACAUCUGCCAUGUCCCAAGUGGAGAAGGAGCGAGAAGACAUGAGGCAGCAGCUGGCAGCUCAGAGGCAGCAGUGCAGGGGCCUCCUGCACCAAAUAGCAGCUCUUCAGCAGCAGCAGAACGUCGCACUGGGUGGAGGUUCCACCAUGGAUACUGUUCCAGUGGAGGUUCAUGAGGCUUUGAAAACUGCCAUGGAGAAACUACAGUCCCGUUUCACAGACCUGAUGCGCGAGAAAGUGGAUCUGAAGGAGCGGCUGGAGGAGCUGGAGCAUCGCUGCAUCCAGCUGUCUGGGGAAACAGACACCAUUGGGGAGUACAUUGCAUUAUACCAGAGUCAAAGGGCUAUCCUCAAACAGAGACACCAGGAAAAGGAGGAGUACAUCAGCAGAUUGGCUCAGGAUAAGGAAGAGAUGAAGAUGAAACUACUGGAACUGCAGGACUUAGUCAUGCGUCUGGUGAGGGAAAGAAACGAAUGGUACAGCAAGUAUGUAGCAGCUGCUCAGAGCCCAGAGCUGGCAGCCAGCCAGGCUGGAAGUGUCCUUCCCGUGGAGAGGCACAUGGAGCUGAACGUCACUGAUGGAGAAGGGUUACGAGAAGUGAAUCUAUCAGAGGAAGCAGAGGAAGAGGCUCCUGUUCUUCAUCAAUCCGGUUUCCCCCCAGUUGGCAGAAAAGCUGCUCAGCCAAGCCAAGAGGACCCCACAGCAAAGCAAAUAAUGCAGCUUCUCAGAGAAAUCCAGAACCCUCAGGAGAGGGUGGGCUCCCUGCUGGAAAACCCCUGCAUUCCCUUCUUCUACCGUGCUGAUGAGAACGAUGAGGUCAAAAUCAUGGUAGUUUAA